AUGGUCAUCGAGGAAAAUGGUUAUCGAGGUACUAAAACCAAGGUCACACAAACCACCUAUUGUUUGUGGGGCCACGCCGCUUACUUGCAGUAUAACAAUUUGCCCGUUGUCUCUUCUUACAGUGGAGACGGCGUCGGUCCCGAUACGUGGAAGAACUUCAAGGAUACUAACAACGUCUACCUCAUCCCGAACCCGGAAGCGGACGGAAACUACUACAGCAACCCGUCUGCAUUUUUCCAAAGCCGGGGCGAUGCUCUCGACGGGGUGUUCACGUGGGAGACCGCCUGGCCCGAUACUUCCGACACGCCCGUAAAUGUGUCGUCGACCAAGGACCAAGCUGUCAAGUCGGCUGCCGACGCCGCCGGAAAGGCUUAUAUGAUGGGUCUCUCCACGCUCCAAUAUAAGCACUGCUGCUAUGGUAGAACAAUCAGCUAUGAAGAAUUGCUAUAUAAUGAGCUAACCAGGCUAGCAGCUCCUUGUUCUUGUCCUAACAGCUGCGGCGACGCCUGGUAUCGAGCCGACGAAACAAACCCCCCCGAACGAAUAAAGCAAAUCCUCUCAUUGUCUCCCGACCUUACCGAAGUUAUUACCUGGAAUGACGCUGGAGAAAGCCACUACAUAGGUCCUUGCUGGGCCGAUGGUCUAACCGCCGAAAUCCUGCAGUACGGCAACUCGGACACGAUCCCCCACGGCGGAUGGCAACCCCUCAUCGCCUCCUUCAUCGACGCUUUCAAAGCCGGGGCUACCUCCGUCGACUCUAUGACCCCUCGCUCCGGCAAUUUUGCGGGAACCAUGUGGUACCGGGGCAUCCUGACCACCUGCAACGGGUACGCGCUCCGGGGAUCCGGCGCCGCCGUCGACGCGGUGAACUACGCGGUUGUUCUACCGAAGGGUAGUUCGGGUAUAGGUAUCAGGGUCACGAGCGGAGGCCAGGUGCUCGCUACGCAAGCUGUGAGCGCGGGCUUGAACUACAAUUCCAUCGUGGGGUUGAAGACCGGGGCCCAGAAGAACGAGCUGGUGGAUGGGAGUGGACAGGUCGUCGCGAGCGCCAGUAGUAAGGUGGAUGUUUCGGAUAGCCCGACGGAUGGGUUUUGCAAUCAUAACUACUACGUCGCUGAGCUGCAGUAA